AUGCCAUUCAUGGGUGACAGCGAUUGGUCGACGCCCUCGACAGGCGAGUGGUCGGACUCGUUGUACAUCUCCGUCCCCAAGUCCAAAUCCAAGACGUCGGCCAAGCCUCAGCGGCCGGCGUACCUGAAGCACCAGACACACGCUUCAAUGCCCAACCUCAGCGAGGUUGAGCAGUACGUCUUCCGUCCGGCUACCUACGCCGACAAAGUCGACCGCCUGCGCAACCCUCCCGUGUCGAAACCGACCUUGAAGCGCACGCAGAGCCUCACCACGCCUGCCUCGACCUCGAUGGCGGCCAAGGUCGAGAAGCACGUCCACUUCGUUGACGAGGGCUACGGUUCGGCUUCGACGUCGCCAGCAUCGAGCCCGAAGCAAGAGCCCAAGCGCGACGACAGCCGUCCUUCGACGUCCGACUCCGACUUCGAGCAGCUCGUGUCGCAGCAGCAGAAGAUGACUCUCGAUGAGCGUCCAUCAAAACCGCAGCGCAACGUGACUGACGUGCCGCCGGUCAAGGCGCAGAGCAGAAGUCCGACGCGCAGCGCUAAGCGCCUGUCGCGCAGCCAGACGGCCCCUAUGCAGUCGAAUCGUCGUGCGCAGGCGCGGGAUGACAAGAUUGCGGGCACUGGCGGGUCUUACCGCAAUGCCAACGGCAACAUCUGUUUUGACGAGUUCAACUACUUUGGCGGAAUUUAG